CAAUCUAACGUUUCAAAUAAAGAACCGAUGAGAUUUUGCAAAUUUUGUGCGUUUUUUUUUUUUUUUAAAGUUAUCAAGCUCUUAAAAAAUCACCCUUUAUAUAAACAAAGGUAGUGAUGAAGCUAUUUUCAAUUUUAGAAAUACUGAUCUUGCGAAUCCCGUAGAUGAGGUGUAAACUUAUCAGUCAGGUCGGUAAGUCAGCAGCAACGAAGCCGUGUGGUGUCUGUUAGGAUUUCCGUCGCACGAAAGGCAUCCCACCGUGACACAUCUCAGCGUGCAUUUAGAAAAUGGUGAACGCGUUUCUUUUAAUGAACACAAUUUCUACGAACGAAUAACUACUGGAUAACUGGAAAUGUUUUAGGACGAGUUUAUACAGUUCAUGUUAGUAACAUGGAAUGUUUUUGUCUACGCAUGCUUUUACAUCAUGUGCGCGGACAAGAUUAUUCUACAUUUCGAGAGGCAUGUGAGGCAAGAGGAUUACUGGAGAAUGAUAACCAUUGGGAUGUGACACUGAAAGAAGCUGCUCAAUGUAGAUCAGCAGGCAAGAUGAGAGAGCUAUUUGCUGUAUUAGUAGCGACAUGUGGUCUUUGAAAUCCUCAAUAAUUGUGGGAUAAAUACAAAAAUGAUGUGACGGACGAUAUAUUUCACAGAUUACGAGAGCAAAAUCCCAACGUCACGUACAGUGAUUUAAUUUACAAUGAGGGUCUGACAAAAAUUGAAGACCAGAUUAAAACAAUUUCUGGAAAGGAUUUAUCAGAUUAUGGAAUGAACAGACGACAGAGAACCGAGGAAAUCAGUAGCAAUUUAAUACGGGAACUAGAUUACGAUACUGCUUCCUUACUACAACAAUUAACAGAGUCUGUUCCACGUUUGAACCCAGAACAAAGGUUAGUAUUUGACAAUGUUGUCAAAAAAAUUGAAGAUGGGGAAGGUGGUUUGUUAUUUUUGGAUGCUCCUGGAGGCACGGGAAAAACCUUUCUUUUAAACUUGCUUUUAGCCCAAACUUUGCCGGUUAUCACUAAAGGCACCCCUGCAGAUUAAAUAAAUGCGUGUUUAAAAGCGUCAACGUUAUGGGUGCACGUAAAAACGUUUAGUCUGUCUACAAAUAAAGAGUGCAACUACACAAUGAUGUAAAAUCUGGACAAUAUGCUGCUGAUCUUCUUAAAAUUGGAGAAGAUCGUAUGGCAAAGGAUGGUAAUGGCAUGAUUAUAUUGGAUCGUGAAUUCUGCAAUGUUGUGCAUAAUCCAGAUGAUCUAAAUAACUUCGUCUAUCGCGAACUGCUAACUAAUAUGAGGAAUGGAGAAUGGUUAUGUGAAAGAGCAACGCCGACGAAUUAAAUGGUGUGACAGAUAAACUAGCAAAUUAUGUCACGCGUGGGGGGUGAUAUUGUUGAGUUUUUCUCUGUAGACACUGUAUUGAAUACUGAACAAGUAACAUCAUACCCAGUAGAAUUUCUUAAUUCUUUAGAACUGUCGGGAGUACCUUCAAACAAACUGAGGCUGAAAGUAGGCGUUGCUGUCCUUUUGAUGUGGAAUUUAGAUGCACCAAGACUGUGUAAUGGCACACGGUUGCAAGUAACAGAUCUCGGUCGCAAUAUUGUAAAAGCAAUCAUUAUGACUGGAAUGGCAAAAGGAGAGAAUGUUUUAAUCCCCCGUAUACCCAUAAUUCCGACAGAUUUGCCAUUCCAGUUCAAGAGAUUACAGUUUCCGCUGAAAAUCGCCAUCGCUAUGACGAUAAAUAAAGCUCAGGGGAAAACAUUAAAAGUAGCCGGCAUUAAUUUAGAAAAGAGUUGUUUUUCUCACGGACAAUUAUACGUGGCUUGCUCACGUGUUUCAACUUCACAGAAUCUCCAUGUGUUGGCCAGAGAGGGAAAAACAAAGAAUAUAGUUUACAAAAAUGUACUACAGUAAUAAGGCCUCUUAUUUUUAGCUUCCUACAUUAUUAUACUACUUACAUUAAGUUAGUACUUCCUACGUAGACGAUGUUGCGGAUGUCACACUGUCUAACAUCGGAGGUUGGCAGGUAGGUAGUUAGUAGUAUUUUAAACCGAUUUACAUUAUUUACUUUUUAUAUUUACUAAGGUAACAUUCGGAGCCAUCCAUUAUGUGCUUAGGUUGCUUUUGAAGAAAUUUUGAUGUGAAGUUGAGGACCGGAACACGAUAGGGGGACAUUGUUGCAGGGAGUCUUACAGCCGGGAGAAAACAAAAACACUUAUGCGGACGAAGUCGCGGCUUUCCGAUAGUAAUAUAUUAUACUCUUUGUUUACCAUAUAAUCGUAGUGCGUCUUCAGCAGUCUAUAGAAUUAGAAUAUAGAGCAUCUUAAACAACUGUUCUCAAAUCUAAUGAAUGUACAUAUAUUUACAUAUGUAUGUAAGUCAAUUAUAAUCGUGUAAUCAAACCACUCAGAAAAGAUAAAAUUAAAUUUAACUCUAAAGUUCUCUUCGUUUCAAAAAGUGCCUAUCUGUUAACUAUAAUUUUUAAUAUAUUAACAUAUACAUAAGUAAUAAUAUCAGUUUAUAUAAACAUAUUUUAUAUUGAUUAGUUCUAAUGAAUUUUUGGUAUUCUAAAGUGAUCAUACAUAAUUGGUUAUUAACAUAAAUUAGUGUGGCUUGAUCGGUGUGGUGAACUAUGUCACUAAUAAACUCCAACGAAAAUUAUACAAUAUUUGGAAUUAGCUUAUGAUGUACCUAGACAUACAUAUGUGCUUUUUUCAUGUUCACAAAGUUUAAAUAUAUUAAUAAAUUAAUUUAAAUGGACUAAAUCUUUUUAAUAAGAUAUAACAAUAAAACGUCGUAGGUAUAUACUACUUUGUACAGACUUACGUUUUCUUUGAAAUCUUUAUGAACUUAAAAGCUUUAACAUUGUUUUCACAAAUGCUUCCGCUGAUGAUUGGUAUCAGUUAAAAUUUUGUCAGUUUUAUGGCCAAAUUUGUACUUGUAGUUCGGAAUUGAAGUAUUAAUGGUGAGCGUCAAACCUUUAUCCCCUUAUGGAGACACAACUUUUUAUUUUUCAAAGGUCAAAGCUUAAUAAAGACAUUUUUAGUUUCAUGACUCUCUUCCACACCGAUAUUGAGUUAUAAAUUGUACAGUAUUGCAGAGUUCAUAGACCAUUCAUUUGAAUUUACUCGUUAUAUAUAGUGUACCAUGAAUACAAACUGAGUAUAUUGCGCUAAAUUGGAAACGCGUACAUGUGUAAAUAAGUAGUGUAAUAAUGACGCUAAGUUGAAAUGAAUAUCAAAAAUGGACUCUUCUUCUCUUGCACCGUAGCUCAAAUAUAUAGAAAUGACUGCAUUUGCUCUAGUGAAAUAUUUAAAGAACUGCUUUAAAUUAGUAAAUUCGCCAAAUUUGUAAAUACGGUACGUGAAAAUAGUUAAAAAUGUAUGCUGCAGCUGGUGGUGCUUCGCUGGCUUCACGCCAGGCACGUCAAAGGCAGCGUCAACAGAAGAAAACUCAGCAAUUGCAAGCAAAACUACAUCCACCGAAAUUGUCAGCGUUAUCAGGUAGUGAACAUGGCGCUUCAACACCAACGCGCACCCAAUCACGUCAGUUCCACCAGCUGCCGACCAACUAUCUGCGCACGCCACAAACACAGAGUAGGAAAUUAAGUGCGAGCUAUACAACACAAUCGAAGCUUUUACUGCCUAUCGAUGAAGGUGAUAAUCAGUCGGUGCUACAAAUGCGCGUACAGUAUGUACAUACUCAAAUGCACCAUUCUCAUAGCCAUGCUCAUCCUAUUCAAGCACAUCCUCACUAUCAGUUUGCGCAUCAGCAGCAUCAUUCUCAUGGAGGCAUUUUACCGAAGUUGGUUCACCGGCAUUCAGGCAGUGGUGCUAGUAGCUUUUAUCAAACAAAGCUCCCAAAGUCGGCUACAGCGACACUACCACUUGUCUCACAAAUGGAAGCUACGCCACCUACGACGCCAUUGGCUGUGGCCGAAGGUGCAAUUACCACCUCAGAAAAGGUGGGAACUAUACCUGUAGAUAAAACUUCCAUUAAUGUAUCUCACCAUGAUGCAAUCAUUGUGACACCGGCCACGCCUAUGCCCUCGCCAGGGCACGUAGGUAAGCCUGAACAUCAACAACCCAAAGGACUGUCCAAACCGCUUAGUAAGAUUGAGAGUAGUAAUAUAUCAGGAGGCAUCAUUAACGAUGAAGAGCACAUGAAAGAACCACCGUCUGCUCCAUUAGAACGCAAGUGCAGUGUAUAUCGUAUGCGACGAAAUGAUCCCUAUGAAUAUCAGGACACAAACUUAGUUGGCGGUGUGGGCAGCAGCGUUAGGCGGCAGCUGAAGGAUCUGCAAUUUAAUCAACAACAACAAUACGAACCAUUGCUCAGCAACGAGUCUCAUCUUUGUUAUAAGGGUCUAACGAAUACACGUAAAUGGCAAGUGUGUGCCUACUGUGAGGAAGGAAUUUGCGUCUGUGAACAUAUCGAGUGUACACGAGGCCGCGCUGCAUGGCUGGAAAGAGGGCGACGUUGCAGCGUUCAAGAAGCGCAACAACAGGCGGCCUGUCAUCGCCGCUGGGUGAAACGUAAUCGAGUUCAGGAUGCAUCAUUAGGCGGCUCUUCUGACGAUGAAGAUCUCUUGGGUGUAUUACGAGGUCCUAGUACAUUUGCCAAUACGUUUCUUUAUGUGGGUCUUGGGACAAUAGCUUUGGGUUUGGUAAUAGCAUUUGUAGGUACAGGUGAAAAAGGAUUUAAAACAGUAGAACUUAGACUCAUUGGACCAUCGUUAAUUGGACUAGGAUUCGUUUGCUGUAUGCUGCGAAUACUAUUUUGUAUAUGCCCUUCUCACUGCAUUUCAACAAAUAAAAAAACUUUUAAGAAAGAUUGCAACAAAAAUGAUGCUGAUUAUACUACUUCACUACUCCGUGGAGAGGGCAAACGUGUUUCAAUAGCGCGACGACCGACUUUACAGCCAAAAUACCCAAUUACACACAAACGUGGCAGUAAUAAAAUACUGAAUGAGGGAAUGGAAGCACUGAGACAAAUCGCGACUACAUCACUUUUUAUGCAGAAUGAACAGAAGGCAUCAUUAAAUAGGAUAGUUCCAAUAAUCAAAGAGCCGGAAAAUAUAGGAGAGUCCACUCGCAAAAAAUCGGAGUUAUUAAGAAGAGAUGAGCUAGAGCACCCGAGACGCGUACAAAAUACCGAGUCAAAUAGCAAAGUCAAUUGCAAUGACGGGAAUAUUUCAAGUGUAGAAAGUAUGAAAAAUGUAACUGCCAUCAAUGCAAACACAACAUCAAUUGAAAAAUUCCCAAAUGUAUCUUCAAAAAAAACUUUAAGCGAAAACUCAAUCGAAAUGCCAGAAGUAUCUUUAGAUCAGCCAUUACCUUCUUUUUCAACAAUGCUCACUUCAGAACCUAUAAGCUCGAGUUCUACUAGCAAAUUGUCACGACAGCGUAUUGCACUGAACAAUAAAUUGAUACCGGAAGUACAAUCACACGCUCCCAUUGCCCCUAAUUAUACUAAGGACACCGACUUUCUAAUGGAAACUUCUUUGUCGACCAAGCCAACAACAACAGCUAGUGAAAUAACACCUGCUCUAAUACAUGGCACUAGCUCUUCAACUUCGAAUAACACAUACAAUUAUUCUGGAUUUACGGAUAAUGCAAGUACUGUAGGAAUACAUAAAACUUCUACAACGGCUACAGCAACAAUAACGCCUGAAUCAAUAGGGUCUGAACAGAAAUUAGAAGAGGACAAUAUACAUUCGAAUAUCGAAACAGGAACGAACACUGCACCAAACGUUUCCACAAUAAUGCCACCAUGUGCACUACUUUCAAAUAGUCAUACAUCUGUUUCCAAUACUCCUAUAAUUACAAAUAUGUGCUCAAGGUCACAGUCGGUUUUUCUUCCAGGACAAAUUGAAGAUAAUAUCACAAAUAUUGCGGAGCCAGUAGUGAAUCAACCAGAGCCAAACCAUUUGCAUUUAUCAACAUCGGGAUUUUCUAACGCCAGCUUUAUAUUCCCUUCUCCUUUGAUAUCAUCAUCCGACAGUGAAUCAGAUGGCUCGUCUGCUUUAUCACCCUCACAGGCCACAGUAAUACAGAAAAUUUGGGCAAGACCGGAUCAAUUACCUGAUGGCAGUACUUCUGCAAACGCAAUUAUAUCGCAUGAUAAUAAAUAUGUCAUACAACAAAAUCAUCCAUUAAGUAUAAUUGAACCGGAACUUUUAUUGAGUCCAGCAAAGCUUGGCCAAUAGACAGCACAUAGCACGUCCCAAUAAUGUAAGCUUGUUUCGGUUAAAGCUGUCGCGGUAUACUUACAUACCUACCUUUAUACAUCUUUAUUGCGCAAAUAAACAUAAUCGUUAGCGUUAUAAAUAUAAAUAUAUGUGAUAGCUAAGCUGAAUCCCAAUUUUUCUUUAAAGUUUAGUUAAGCUUAAAAUCAGCUGGUAGCUUUUAUUAAAAUGUCCAACUCAUAAACAAUGUCAUCAUUCGCAGAACAUUUAAAUGCAGAGUGUGAAUAAAUGAAAUACGAAUAUAUAUCUCCACAUAUAUUUUAUACAUAAGCAAAGGCGAUUUUAUUAUUUCAAUUUUAAAUAAAAAUUUUAAAGCAGUUUUCAGCGAUAUUCAAAUUAGAA